AACAAGUUGUCUGGAGAAAACUAGUAGUUGGAUUAAAGUUCUCUUUUCUUGGCGAUCAAAAUCUGAGAUGUAUCCGACACCAAUGCACUGAUACAAAGAUACUCUGAGCGAGAACUUCCAAAACCCAGUCUUGUUAUUUAAUUUCUUAUCCGAAAUGUUACCCCUUUUUCUGUUGAUUGAUCCCUUGGGAUCAGGAACAAACUCUGCCAUCAUCCAAUCUUUUAUGGCUUUUUACAGCUAAUGCUGUUGCUGAAAGGUGACACACUCAUCCAUGGAAGGUCCACAGCGAUUAAACCCAGGUUCAAGGUAUGCUAUCCCAGCCCCCCAUAUUCUCUGAACUAGCAUAAAAACUAUUGCUUUCUUGUCUUGGGAGGCCGGGGUUUUUGCUGCAGAUUCAAUUUUUGCCCAUACCCAUUUGGUCUUUUUGUAGCCCUGUUGCACAUUAAUGGUGUCUAGCUCUGAUUGUUGUGGUGGUGGCUAUAUAGUAUUCAGAAUUGGGGUUGUGGGUUUGGAGCAUAAGCAAAAACUUGAGCUCAGGUUGGGGUUCAUGACCAGCUCUAGUUGGUAAAUGGCGGUUAGCUGAUGGCUGAUUGGGUUAGAAGGUAUGAUUAAUAUAAUAUUAGUUGAUUGUAGAAAGGUGUUUGGAUUUUUUAAUCAAGUCAAACAACUAAUAGUGGUAAAAUAAGUCAAAUAAGUCAGAAUUAGCUGAUAGGCUAAUUAUUUACCAAACAUGGCCUAUUGUUUCCUGGUUCUUUUGGAUAAUAGUAUUGUUUGUUUGAGUGUUUAAGAAGACAUAAAAUUUUCUCACAUAUUUUUGGAUGAAUGGUAUGACUGAGGAUAUUUGGUGGUAGGGUAGGAGUGUAUGUAUGUAUACAUGUAAGGUGCUAGGGAAUAGUUCUGAAUUGUGAUUAAGAAAAGAAAGGAGAGAAAAAUGGUGAAACCUUGCUGGUGGGGCUCUGUGGUGGGAGAUGGAGGCAGGAGAAGUGGGGAUUGUAGGAGGCGAGAUGGAGAUCUAAAUGGGAAGGUUGAUGGACUGAUGUGGUACAAGGAUUUGGGGACUCAUGUAAAUGGGGAAUUCUCGAUGGCGGUUAUACAAGCAAAUGGUUUGUUGGAGGAUCAAAGCCAGCUCGAAUCAGGCCCUUUGAGUAACCUUGAUUCUGGUCCUCAUGGAACCUUUGUCGGCGUCUAUGAUGGACAUGGAGGGCCAGAGACAUCUCGGUUUAUUAACGAUUCUUUGUUCUCCAAUCUUAAGAAAUUUGCAUCGGAGCAACAAGAGAUCUCUGCUGGUGUCAUUAAAAAGGCUUUCCUGGCAACCGAGGAGGAGUUUUUGUCUGUUGUAAAGCAGCAGUGGCACUAUAAGCCCCAAAUUGCAGCAGUGGGAUCGUGUUGUUUGGUAGGAGUAGUGUGUAAUGGACUCGUUUAUGUUGCCAAUGCUGGAGACUCUCGUGCGGUUUUGGGAAGAGCAGAUAAGGGUGCUAGAGGAGUCACGGCAAUACAAUUGUCAAUGGAACACAACGCUAAUAUUGAAUCCGUGAGAGAUGAGCUUCACUCGUUGCAUCCCCACGACUCACAAAUCGUGGUUCGAAAGCACAAUGUUUGGCGUGUGAAGGGUCUUAUACAGGUCUCGAGGUCCAUUGGUGAUGCCUACCUUAAGAAGGCAGAAUUCAACCGAGCACCACUAUUGGCAAAAUUCAGGUUAUCUGAACCCUUCUCCAACCCGAUCCUUAGUCCAGAACCAUCCAUUUCUAUCCACAAACUCAGUUCCAACGACCAAUUCCUCAUAUUUGCUUCGGAUGGUCUGUGGGAGCACCUUAGCAACCAGGAAGCAGCUGACAUCGUUCACAGUUCCCCUCGUAAUGGAAUUGCUAGAAGACUUAUCAAAGCAGCACUUCACGUGGCAGCCAAGAAAAGAGAAAUGCGGUACUCGGACCUGAAGAAGAUUGAAAGAGGCGUGAGGAGGCAUUUCCACGACGACAUUACAGUUGUGGUGCUGUUUUUAGAUCCGGGUUCCACGAGUAGAAGCUCCUCGCAUAUUUCCACCCUCUCAAUUAGAGCGGGUGGAGGCGUACCUCCUUAUCCAACACAGUAGUCUUCAGCAUAAUCCACUAAGGACAGACAAAUGUUGUACUGUAUGAUGCAGUUUAUCUUACUGCAUAGACAACAAAAAAAAAAGUCUUUCUAUUCUUUGUAUCCUUUUCAGAUUAGAAGGAGAUAGUAGAAUCCAUUUCACAGUAAGUGGAAACUGAUCUCUCUAGAUUCAAAGUCGAGAAUUAUUAUUAUUAUUAUCGGCAUGUAUAUAUGAAAUGUUCUGCAUUUCCUUUAAAUAAAAGGUGGAUGCUUCUAACUUGCAUACAUUUAGCAGUCAAUAAAUUUCACUUUCUGUAGCA